GGUGGCCCUGCUGGAGGAUGUGAACCGCAUGUCGCCCCGGGGCCCUGGCCAUCAUCUUUGCGCCCUGCCUGCUGCGCUGCCCCCGACACCUCGGACCCGCUGACAAGCAUGAAGGACGUGCUCAAGAUCACCAUGUGCGUGGAGAUGCUGAUCAAAGAGCAGAUGCGGAAGUACAGGGUGAAGAUGGAGGACAUCAGCCAGCUGGAGGCCGCCGAGAGCAUCGCCUUCCGCAGGCUCUCGCUCCUGCGGCAGAACGCGCCCUGGCCCUUCAAACUGGGGUUCUCGUCUCCCUAUGAGGGGGUCCUGACGCGGAGCCCCAAGGCCGCGGCCGGGCCCGGCGGCCCGAGGCGCUGCGCGAGGACGAGGCGGCGGGCGGCGACGAGGGACCGGGAGAAGGAGAUGCUCAUCGGAGCGCAUCCAGUCCAUCAAGAGGAGAAGGAGGACAUCACGUACCGGCUGCCCGAGCUGGACCCGCGGGGCUCGGACGAGGAGAACGUGGACUCGGAGGCGUCGGCCAGCACCGAGAGCCUGCUGGAGGAGCGCGCGGCCGGCGAAGGGCCCCCCGCGCCCGCGCCCCCCCGCCCCGGCGCGCCCGCCCCGCGCCCCCGCCCCGCGGAGGCCGCGGCCCCGCCACGAAGGCCGCCGUCCUUCAUCACGGUCAGAGUGAAGACGCCGCGCCGGACGCCCGUGCUGCCCACCGCCAACAUCAAGCUCCCGCCCGGCCUGGCCGCGCGGCGCCGCGAGCCGCCCGCACGCCGCCCCGACCUCGUGCGCUCCGUCUACGCCGCCCCGGGAGCCCUCCCGCCCGCGCUCGGAGCCCCGGAGCCGGCCGGGCGGGCCGCCGCGCCCCCCGCCGCCCUGCGGAGGUACUCGGACCCCCCGAUGUACUGCCUGCCCCCCGACGCCGGCCCGGCCGACGGCUGACACGCGGCCCGCGCCCCUGCCGCUCCUGCGGCCCGCCGCCGCGGACUGCGCAGCCGCCGCCACCGAGGACCGGGGUUCCGGGUCACCGCACGAGCGCCGGCCUCCCGCUCCGCGAGGCGCCGGAGCGCGGCCCGCAGACACGCGUGGAGCCGCCGCCCGGGUGCUGGGACUGGGACGCGGAAGCCGGGGAGACCCCGGCGCGGGGGAGUGGACUCCACCCCGUCCCGCGCAGGGCCCGGACCAGCCGUGCCGGACCGGCCCUGCCCCGAGCGGCGGGAGCCCCGGGAGCCCCGGGCGGGGCGGGACCAAGGGGGCCGCGGCCGUGUACAAUAAACAAGUGCCUGAGAGA